AUGCCCGUAAAUCACCCUUUUGCUAUAAAAAUCAUGGCAUUUGGAAGGAUCAUUCUUGUAAGUUCUUCCCAUAAUGACCGUGACCAAAGCCUUUUCAUAAGCACAGAUGAAGGAGCUACAUUCCAGAAACAACCCAUUACUUUCUUUGUGGAAACUCUCCUCUUCCACCCAAAAGAAGAAGACAAAGUACUUGCUUACACAAAGGAAGGCAAGGUUUAUGUAUCCAUUGACUUGGGGAAAAAAUGGGUUCUUCUUCAGGAACGUGUUUCAAAAGAUCAUAUUUUUUGGGCUGUUGCUGGAGUUGAUGGAGACCCUGAUUUAGUUCAUAUGGAAAUUCAGGACCCCAGUGGAGGUUAUCGCUACAUCACUUGCCAGAUUCAGAAUUGUUCUGAUAAGACAACGACAGUCCAGUUUGCUGGUGGCACUGAUCGGGAUUCCCUGACUGUGCAGGAUGACUACAUAUUCCUUCAGACAACAUCAGCAAAUCGGACCAAGUAUUAUGUAUCCUACCGUCGAAAUGGCUUUGUGCAGAUGAAGUUGCCAAAAUAUGCCUUGCCAAAAGAUUUACAGAUAAUCAGUACGGAUGAAAACCAGGUGUUUGUGGCUGUUCAGGAAUGGUACCAGACAGACACAUACAACCUGUACCAGUCCGACCCACGAGGCGUUUACUAUUCUAUCCUACUGGAGAAUGUCCGGAGCACGAAGCAGCCAGAAGAAAAUGUCCUGAUAGAUAUUCUGGAGGUCAGAGGUGUAAAAGGAGUCUUUCUGGCCAACCAGAAGAUUGAUGGGAAAGUUACAACCCUAAUAACCUACAACAAAGGCCGUGACUGGGAUUUUCUAAACCCUCCAGAUAUUGAUAUGAAUGGAAAACCUACCAACUGCAAACCUCCUGAUUGCUACCUUCACCUCCAUCUCCGCUGGGCAGAUAAUCCAUAUGUGUCAGGAACAGUCCAUACGAAGGAUACUGCACCAGGGCUCAUCAUGGGGGCAGUGAAGUAUGAAGCAGUGGUGAUGGCUGAAGGACUUGUUAUGUUGCCUGGAAGUGAAGAUCCUUACCAUCUCCUCUGUCAUCAUGAACAGUCCAGUAAAUCCAAUAAAUCUAAACAGUGGCCAAGUCUUUGUUCUUCAUAA